AUGCGACCGCCACGCCUAAUCAUCGUUCUCUUCUGCCUAAUCUUCUUUCCGAUUCUCCUCACCUUCUUCUCUGCGCUUACAUCGCCUAAAGUAGCAACACCCAAUACGCUCGCUGGUCGAACGACUGGGCUACAUGCUUUAUUUUCUUUUAACAUACCCUCCUCGCUUUUUCCACCGUCGGCCAUUAUCAGUCUCACCGAUGACAACUCAACCUUCUUCCUCGCCCGACCUGCAGCAUUUGGCCCACUCCUACCGACAAAGGGACUAAGUGGACAGCUAUGGGUGGGAAGUGGAUUCGGCGAAGGAGGGAUGGCCGCCGGCGUGGAAGGAGAACUAGGCUGCUCUGAUAUUCCCGGCUGGGGUGAUGGCACCAAUCAAAAGAAACAAGAAAAAUCCUCUAGAAGCCUGGAGCAGAGUUCCGGUCUCUCCGGAGGUAACACAGUGAAUGAUCCGUCGCCCCAACGCCAACGGUCGGUAUCGCAGGCCGAUACCACAUCAGCGAGCGAUCGAGAUGAUACCACCACCCCGCUCUUGACCAACGAUGGCACUGAUGACCAUCUGCACCACCCACUGCCCGAAUCUGGCGCUUCAAGCCCCGGGAUGAGCCAAAAGUAUGGAGAUUAUGUCCAAAACAAGCCUUCCGCGCAUGCCGAUAUUCAAUCCCUACAGGAAACCGCCGAAAUCCAAGGCAAAGUAGUGCUCUUGAGUCGGGGUGGGUGCGGCUUUUUGGAGAAGGUCAAGUGGGCUCAACGGCGAGGAGGGGUCGCCUUGAUCGUUGGUGAUGAUACUCGGGGUGGAAACUUGGUCACCAUGUAUGCCCGAGGUGAUACAUCAAACGUUUCGAUCCCAGCAUUGUUUACCUCGCACACUACCGCCCACCUUCUAUCGUCGCUGAUACCUGGACAUGCUGGAGGAACUGCAAGCUUGGGAGACGUACUGAAGUCAUCUCAGGCAAAACCGGCAGGCCAGGCUGAUAAAGAACGAGUUGUGACUAGCACAACGUCACCAGCUACUCCAAGCCCGACAGUCAGUAGUCAUUCGGCUGCAAAGGAGAAGCCUGCAGCUCCCUCUCAUUCCAAUGAUGGAUUCUGGCGUACCAUAGGCUCGUUCUUCGGACUGUGCAACAAAAACGGAGGCUCGGGUCAUCUAGAAGACAGCCGCCGCCCGCCGAGCAGCGGUAACAUUGACUGGAUUAACUUCGGUUCGUGGGAUGAUAGCGAAAUGAACCCGGGGAAAAGAGCAGAUACCAAUCGUCGUGCUCAGGGCAAGGUGGACGUGACUUUUGACAGUCACCGGGCCGACAUGUCUCCUGAUAGCUUUGACGAAGAUGACUUUGUCAUUGGAGUUCAGGAUUGGAGAGACCCCGAUUUGAUGCCUGCCAAAAGCAGCACGCCCCCAACACCUAGCACUUCUGUGACAGGCAAGGACUCCUCCAAGACUGGCAGUGCGGACAAAGACGCUUCCUUGUUUAAUACCAUGCAAGGUGGCAGCAUCACACCUGGAAGUGGAGAAUAUCAAAGCAUUGACAGGUCUGGUGCCGCUUCUCACGACAAGGGUGCCAAGGGCUCGGAGAAAGAAUCCGUCGAAGCUCAAGCGAAGAACAAAUCUUCCGAUAAGGGCUGGUUCUCGAGUCACUUCAGCUGGGGAAACGAUGCAAAGCAGGAUUCCCGGCCUUCUUCGCUCCCCUCGCUUCAGAAAAAUAUCGCAACAAACCUGGAGGUGCAAAGUAGCCCCAUCACUCCGGACCGGACCAAUGUGGAGUCUUCCGAACACGAAGGUCUCUGGGUCACAAUGACACCCACCAGCAUGUCUACCAGUCCCUUCUUCGAUACCCUAUUGGUUCUUGUUGUCUCUCCAUUGCUCACGUUGACGGUUGUAUACGCCCUUUUGCUGCUCCGGUCUCGAAUCAGACGGCGCCGAUGGCGCGCGCCGAAGUCGGUCAUUGAACGACUUCCUGUACGGACCUACCACACCAUUGCGUCCACUUCCUCCUCAUCCUCUAACUCAACACGUCCCUCGAGUCCCGGUCCUGUGUCACCGACUUCCCCGCUUCUCAGUAAUGAAAGCCGGCCGACUGGUUCCCGGUCAAACAGAUCGCGUUCACAGACAGUUGGUGGCACUAUAAUGGACUCGUCUACUCUGCCUAAAGAAGAGAAAUGCAGCCUACAGGCUGGCUCCACCUUGUGGCGACGCAAAUAUACGGGAAGACAGGUCGAGUGUGUCGUCUGCCUUGAGGAAUAUAUCGAUGGUCAAAGCCGGGUCAUGAGCUUGCCAUGUGGCCAUGAGUUCCACGCAGAAUGCAUUACCCCUUGGUUGACUACUCGUCGACGGACCUGUCCAAUCUGCAAGGGCGAUGUUGUUCGCUCCAUGACUCGCUGCCAGCCAGGAGACCCAGGGAAUCAUGCGCAGUCCAGCGAUGAUAUCCACUCCGCCGAGUCCAUCUCGCGGGCUGGCGCUUCCUCUGCACCGGUACUGAUCGAAGGUGUCAACGAUGACCCUUCUGACACUGAGCAAACUGCAGGACUACUUGAUGACCACGCGAAUUCUGCACCACAGUCAAGCUGGAGAAACCUAGCUACUCUGAGCUUUUCUGCCCUCAGCGGCGAUACCAUUUGGCACCAGGCUCGUGCGGACCGCAACCGCUAA